AUGGCGGCGCGUGUCUCUUCAAAGGAAAAAAGGCAAAGAAGAAUUGUCCACAAUGACCAAAGUGCGGAAUCAUAUGCUGACCUUGGUGCCGUACGCCUACCAUACUCCAGAAGAACGGCAAGGCCCCGAGAAACAUGGAAAGAAGGCCUCUAUCCUGUGGAGGUGCAAGAGGGUCCCGACGACUCUACUGUUAGAGUUCAUUAUAUUGGUUGGGACAAGAAGUACGAUGAAAAUAAGAGGAAAACUGAUAUUGUGAGCCAUCCAUUGCCUUGUAGUGGUAUACUGAAUCAACUAGCAAUACAAAUUAAAGAACAAUUAACAGGAGGUCACAAAACGGACUCUUCCAUAACCGUCAGAAUAGAGAUACAUAACAACACGGACAUCCAGGAUGUUGAGUGGUUUCUGGCAUUGGGAACUGUUUAUAAGAGGUACAAGGAUAGAACUGUUUAUAUUAUAAACAGUAGAAACAGUCUGUGCCCAGCUCUCGGCGAGUCCUGGGACUAUAGAGUGGUGAAUAGUAACUGCGACAAUUACUACGUAAAAACAGAGACGGUACGAUUCUACGUGAGGAACAAGCGUCCUUUGGUCGAUCUUAUUCUUUUUCCAGACCACACGGAGGAUCAUUUCCUUUCAAGAGGAAAAGUUCUCACGUUUUCCUUUGUUAGAUGUCCUGGGAAUAAGGAAAUUGUGCCUGAACUGAUUGGUGGGAAUAUGUUGUAGGCAUUUAGUUUCACUAGGCUGAUGUGAUCUCUUGACCCUGUUAGUGUUAUUCUGAACAAAAUCAAGAUGAUCAUUAUUCAAAAUAUAGACCUUUUUGACAUUUUAUAUGAAAAUUUUUGGCAUAAUGAGUUGACCAAAGAAAUUGUUAUGAAAUUUGUUGAAAUUUUAGAAAGCAAACUUAAUAUUUCAAUAAAAAUUGAAAGCAAUGAUAGGGCGUUAAAUAGUCUCAGAGCAGCAUUAUUUCGCCUGAAAAGAGAAGGUCUGCGAACAAAAGUUAAGGGGGGUAUGCAAUUUAAAAUGUUCAAGAAAAACCUAACAGAAUCAAAGUAUUGUUGGGACGUACCACAGGGACAUUAUUGUGAGAAAAGUGUUGAGAUGCAAAAAAUGGUAUCGCAUGUAAAAGAAAUAGAAAAUAAUAUUUUGAAAUAUGCCGAGCUUAAGGAUAACGAGGAAAAAGCUCUUCGUAAAGAAAACAAGAACUUUGAACUAGAGCUUAAAAGAAAAGAGAAGUUGUUAGAAGAUAAAGAAAACUUGCUUGGCAAGUUGUCUACAGAGCAAGCCCCUUCUAGAAAGAGAAAGUCAUUUAAAAAUUGCAGUGCCAGUCAUCAAAGCAAACGCAGAAAACAGGAAAAAGAAAUGUGUAAAACAGUGUUGGGUUGUAUAGAAAACGAAACGUGUAAAGUCACUGGAGUGAUUAUAGAAAGGAAUGGGAGGCAGGAAAUUUUAAAUUUGUUAAAUGAUGACAGCGAUUUAAAAUUGUCAGAGAUGGAUAAGGACUUAUUGAGUACCCUGGUUUACAUUCUUGACAAAUUUAAUAUUUCACACAAAGCAUACCAUGAGCUAAGUUCAAUUUUCAAGACCAUUCCUAAAAGUCAUGUUGUUCAAAAAUUUAUUUUGGACCUAAAUGCAGGUUUUUCGAUAAUGAACACACCAGAUGGGUUGGGAGUUCAACAGUCAUUGCAAACAAGGUUGAAACAUGUUGUGGGAAAAUUGAUCUCUGAUAAUCCCAAAAUGUUUGAAAGCGGUGUUGAUAUCAAGCUGUCUGCUGACGGAACAAUGAUAGGCAAGCGUCUGCAUGUUGUCAAUGUCACAUUCACCAUACUAAAUGAAAAGAGAUGUGCGUCUGCCGAAGGAAACUACCCUCUAUGCAUAGUCAAUACAAAGGAGAGUUACAAGGAGCUAUGUUUGGCUUUAGGAGAUCUACGUAGUGAAGUAGACUCUCUAAGAACAAUACAAAUUGAAGGCAGGACUUUGGAGGUCAAAUGUUAUCUUGGGGGAGAUUAUAAAUUCCUACUUCUUGCUGUAGGAAUACCUCAUAUUUCAGCCGAAUAUUUCUGUAUUUACUGUAAGUGCAGUAAGAAAGAACGAUCAGAUUUUACAAAGACGUGGUCCAUGUCUGAUGAAAACCAGGGUGCACGAGUAUCUUAUCUAGAACAUGUCUCUGAGGAGAAUGUGCAAAAGCCAGUUAAGGGGAGAAAAAAGGCUAAACCGAAUAAUUAUUCAAUUACCAAUCCACCCAUUUUCCCAAGCAUUCCUUUAUCAAGAGUUAUCAUUGACCAUUUACAUCUUUUUCUUCGGGUGACUGACAAGCUGUUCAACUUGUUAAUUUUUGAAUUAAGAAUGUUGGACAACAUUUCAGAAAAAAGUGUAUUCCAAAAGCUUGACAGAGGAAAAAUCAUCCAUGUUGCAAGUCUGGAACAGGCACUCUUAAUGUGUGGUGUGGAUUUCCAUUUGAAUGUGAACAAAGACAGCAAAAAGCUUGAGUACCGUGAUUUGACAGGCCCUGAGAAACUG